GAAAAUAAUUGGAGCCAGGUACUAUUCGAACACCCGUAACGUGACAAACGGGUCACCCCGCGACUUUUUCGGGCAUGGAACACAUGUUGCCUCUACGGCUGCAGGCUCCCUAGUUGAAGGCGCUUCUUACUACGGGCUCGCUUUAGGGACCGCCAGGGGCGGGUCCCCUGCAUCGAGGAUCGCAAUGUACCAAGUCUGUGACGAGUCCGGGGGCUGCUACGGGUCCGACAUCUUGAAAGCCUUUGAUGAUGCCAUUAAGGACGGUGUUGACGUGUUGUCCUUGUCUCUCGGCCGGCCAGCAUGGGCCGCGCCCGAUUUCUCGACGGACCCGAUCGCGAUCGGGUCCUUCCAUGCUGUUGAGCAGGGCAUCAUUGUCGUCUGCUCUGCAGGAAACAGCGGGCCCUACCCUAGCACCAUCACCAACGAAGCUCCAUGGAUCUUCACUGUCGCGGCCUCCACCAUUGACCGCCACUUCGAGUCAGAAAUCAUCUUAGGAGGGUAUAAUAAAGCUAUAAAGGGGCAAGGCAUUCAUUUCGGCAAGCUAAAGAAAAAGGCGGUGUACCCGUUGGUGACGGGGGCGUCGGCGAGGUUGAAGAAUGCGAGUGAGAGUGACGCAAGGCAAUGCUUCUGGAACUCAUUAGAUCCAGCGAAGGUUGAGGGGAAAAUUGUGCUGUGUGAAUAUCUGCCAGGAGAGUAUGGGUUUUCAUGGGCAUAUUUAGUGCUAAAAGAUAUGAAGGCUAUUGGGGUGAUCGAAAUAGUGAGUGAGGAAGAUAUGUCCAUAGCUCCAAACUAUAAAGACUUCGCAGGUUCCUCAGUUUCUGCAGAGCAAGCCAUCGACAUUUUCACUUACCUCACAUCCACCAAGAAGCCGGUAGCGUCGAUCCUUCCAACUGUGACAACUAUAGGAUAUAAACCAGCUCCUGUUGUGAUCUACUUUUCUUCAAAGGGUCCUUCUCUUGCUAGCACUAAUCUUCUCAAGCCGGACAUUACUGCACCAGGGGUUAACAUUCUAGCAGCAUGGCCUGAUCGGACUCUCGGCGGUCAUUCACCGCCCAUCCCCGGCGUGAAACUUCCCGGUUACAAUAUAAUCUCAGGCACUUCCAUGGCUUGCCCCCAUACCUCGGGAACUGUUGCUAAUGUCAAGGCACAUAACCCCACAUUCACCAUUUCCGCAAUCAAAUCUGCCAUUAUGACCACGGCCACACAGACAAACAACAUGAAUGCCCCCAUAACAAACUCAUCUGGAUUAGCUGCCACACCAUACGAAUUUGGAGCUGGCCAGAUCAACCCUGCAUCAGCACUAGACCCCGGGCUCGUUUACGAGACCGAUAUCGAGGAUUACUUCAUGUUCCUAUGCGCCACGGGCUAUAACACGUCUCAAAUCAGGCUCAUCUCUUCAAAAGUGCCAAAACACUUCAAGUGCCCCAAGAACAUGUCCCCGGAUUUGAUAUCCAACAUCAACUACCCUUCAAUUGCCGUCUCUAAGGUCAUGGAAGGUCAAACCAAGACAGUGACUAGAACCGCGACCAACGUUGGGGAUGAAGACUCGGUGUACAUUGUGACUAUAGAGGCGUUGACCGGGAUCGAGGUCGGGGUGACCCCUAAUAAGUUGGUGUUUAGCAAAGAGAGAAAGAAGGUUAGCUACAAUGUGACUUUUACUGCUGUGGAAUCUCUGAAGGAGGAUGUCUUUGGCGCAAUCACAUGGACAAAUGGCAAGUAUAGUGUUAGGAGUCCUAUUGUUGUAAGCGUUAUUGACUAUUCAGAGAAUUGAUGAGGAAAGUGUUUGUAUUCAAUAUAGUUGCAUUCAACUUCAAUAAUU